AUAACUCUGUGUAAAUAAAAAAUAUUUAAAUUCAAAGAAAUAUGUAUGUGAACCCGUAAUCAAGUUAGACCCAAAAAUGACACCGUUCUCGUUGCAGUCAGCCUUUGAAUUAAAAUAGGCGUCAGCGCCUAAUCUACUCAACAUACGAUGGCAGAAGGGAUUAUCGUCUUCAUGCUAUGGUAUAUAGCUAUUGCCUUCAAUUAUUACAUAGAAAACUGCACCAAGAAUGAAAAUGAAGAAGGAACACAAACAAAGAAUGCAGUAGAAAAAUAUUCAAAUACAUCAGUUUCUUAUUUGACGUCGAACGAUGGAUUAGAAGAAAACAAACAUGAAAAACCUAUAGAAGUAAUUCCUUUACAAAAGGAAAAAGUUAUUGAUGACGCAGAUGUUGAAAAUGAUUUAGAACCUGAGAGUCCACAUCCUGAUGAUGAGGCUGGUGAUAAAGCAGCUAUAACCGACAGUAAUGCAACUCCUGAGAUUGAAGAUAAUCUAUAACAUUUAUCUCUUUAAUUUUGUUACAUUUAUUCCUGUUAUAUAAUUAAUUUACAAUUUUAUUUU